AGGAAGUCUGGCCCUCUAUGCUUAGUCAUCGGGCAGACGCUUCCACGCCGCGGGAGGGCCGCUUCAGUGUGACGGCGGCGCGACCGGAACUAGGUGCCGGCGGGGCUCUCAGCGGAGGGGACGGAGAUGCUCCUGCCAGGAAUCCGUAAUGUGCUGCAGGACUGAAGAACGUGAGGACUGUCCUCUGGUUGCGUCAGGUGCCAAGAGAAUAUGGAGGAAGGUGUAGAAGUACAAACGGAGAGGCUGGACCGGAGGGCAGCGGCUGCUGCUUUUGGGACCAGCCGGCAGAUCUCUGUCAGCGAAUUCUCUUGCCACUGCUGCUAUGACAUCCUGGUCAACCCCACCACCUUGAAUUGUGGCCACAGCUUCUGUAGACAUUGCCUGGCAUUAUGGUGGAUGUCCUCUAGGAAGACGGAGUGUCCAGAAUGCAGGGAGAAGUGGGAAGGAUUCCCCAAGGUCAACAUCCUCCUCAGAGAUGCCAUUGAAAAGCUGUUUCCCGAUGCCGUUGAACAGCGCAAAGACGACAUCCAGCAAAACAGUGAUGUGUCUCAGAGCCUUGCAGCUUUUCAGAAAUAUGGAAGUGAUCAGACAUCUGCAGUGCCAAAUGUGGGAAGGAUUAACCCUCGUGGGGGGGGAUUUUUCUCUGGAGUUCUGACAGCUUUAACUUGUGUGGCGGUGGUCUUACUUGGCUAUCACUGGAGCAGCCGGGAGUCAGAAGAUGAUCUCCUGGUCCACAAGCCUGUUUCCAAAUGGACAGCUGAGGAGGUGACUCACUGGCUGGGACAACUGGGACCUUGGGCUUCCCUCUACAAGGAGAGUUUUUUGCUGGAGAGAGUGAAUGGAAGGCUCCUGCUAACGCUCACUGAUGAAGACUUCGCCAGGGCUCCUUACCACAUAGAAAACGGGAGCCACAGAAAAGCCAUUAUGAUGGAGCUGGACCGUGUGAAGGCCCUGGGGGUCAAGCCGCCGCAGAACCUCUGGGAGUACAAGGCUGUCCAUCCCGGGAAGUCGCUCUUCCUGCUGUAUGCCCUGAAGAGCUCCCCCAGGCUCACCAUGCUGUACCUGUACCUGUUUGACUACACAGACGUCUUCGUGCCCUUCAUCCACACCAUCUGCCCUGUGCAGGAAGAGGAGCUGGAGGACGUUAUCGCCAAACUGCUGGACCUGAAGGAGCCUGCCUGGAAGCAGUGGCGGGAAUUCCUCGUGAAGUACUCCUUCCUGCCCUAUCAGCUCGUCGCGGAGUUCGCGUGGGACUGGCUGGAGGUGCAUUACUGGACCUCUCGCUUCAUCAUCGUCAAUGCCAUGUUGCUGUCUGUGCUGGAGCUCUUCUCCUUUUGGAGGCUCUGGUCAAGGAGGGAGUUGAAGACGAUUCCUCACCGGAUGUGGAGCCAUUUCUGGAAGGUGUCAACCCAGGGACUCCUGGUGGCCGUUUUCUGGCCCAUCAUCCCCCAGUUCAUCUGCAACUGCUUGUUCUAUUGGGCCUUGUACUUUAACCCCAUCAUCAACAUUGACCUUGUGGUGAACGAGGCCCGCCGCCUGGAGACGCAGGUGCUCUGAUUGGGCCUGAGCUCCUGAGUUGCUGGGCAGCAGGUCGCUGACAAAAAGACCACUCGCGUUCUUCUUCCAAUGGUGAAUCGACUCUUGCUGAUUUUGUGUUUAAUUAAAAGUGCCUGCUUCCCAGCAAGUCCCCUUUCAGCAGCAAGGACUGUAGUAGGCGGGGGAGGUUUUUCCCGGGAAGAGGAGAAACCAGCCUUGCUACCAUCGGAGCAUUUUGGUUUGGGGCAAACCGGAGCACGGGUUGUGUGUAUGCUGCUGGCAGCGGGCAGGGUCCAAGCUAAGCUGGUCACGACUGAGCACCACCGGGAGACAGAACUCGUCGGGGUCCCGUUGAUGUCAGGGGGUCUUGGCCGUGACUGGCGCGCACGGGCUGCUGUCCAGUUUCUGCAAGUAAUCUGGGAGUCCUGACAAAAACCCAAGUAGUCAGGUGGUUUCCAUAGUUCGUGAUGUGAAGUUAGUUUUGUACUUGACACUUUCGGAAGUGGUCCCUUUUUAAAACGGCUCCAGACCAGACGUAGCCCUGUUCCUUUCCCUAUCCUGAUAUUUGUAUGGAUUUGGGGAAGUUUUUGUUGCUACAUUAAUUUUCUAUUUGCCAACUGCAAUAAUUAUUUUUAAAAGGAAAAUGAUGUAAAUAUUGACUGUGAAGUGCUUGUUUCUGUAUAUAAAAUGCCACCUACAUUCUCUUUGAUUCAGUGUAAGCCAAAACCAAGAUCCGCUGUGUGUCCCCACUAAAGGACUCUGCGUUUAUAUUAAGAUGAUCUUCAGAUCUGCACAUGAACAUUUUUAAGAAUUAAACAAAGAUUUUUUUCUAA